AUGGCUGAUCUCUCUGAUAAGUUCUCUAAAGAAAGAGGGGCUUUUCCCGCUGUCUUGUCUGGUGGGUGUCUCAUCAAGUCCCUCAGGAAAUUAUUGAAACCUCCAUAUAUUGAUAGGAUUGAAUGGUCGAAAUGGCAUGUCUUUUGGGUAGAUAAUGAAGACAGCAACUAUAAGCUUGCUUACGAUGGGUUUCUUUCUAAGAUACCAAUUCUCCCUGGUAAUGUCUAUGCAAUCAAUGAUGCGCUAUUAGCCGAGGGUGCUACUGAUGAUUAUGAGACCUGUCUCAAACAUUUGGUCAAUAUAAGUGUGAUAGAUCUAUCAGCUGCUAGUGGGUUUCCAAAGUUUGAUCUCAUGCUGCUGGGCAUGGGUCCAGAUGGACACGUCGCUUCUUUAUUCCCAGGGCAUCCUCUCCUCAAAGAAAAUGAAAAGUGGGUCACCUUUAUUAAGGGCUCACCAAAACCACCGCCAGAGAGAAUUACUUUUACCUUCCCUGUGAUCAACUCGUCUGCAUAUAUUGCCCUUGUGGUGGUGGGUGCUGGUAAAGCUGGAGCAGUGCAAACAACAUUGGGAAAGGGUCAAAAUCCCGAUAAGCUUCCUGUCCAAGAGGUUUCAUCCUAA